AAUUAGUGUUUUUAGCCCAUUAACCCCCUUCCCCUCUUUUAUAUUUCCUAUUUGUGUUUUUAGCCCAUUAACCUUCCCUCUUCUUUUUUAUCUUUCGAAUAAACCAAGGAUCUGUUUGGCUUCGUUUUCAUUUAAACAAUUCGUUUUUAGGUGCAUCUUCUUAGCUCACCAAGUGUUCGACGAUAUUCCUCAACUAGCAAAAGUAGAAGCUGAUCAUCUUGUUUCUCUUGUUUAAAGCAAACCCGUCGUCACUCUCUUUCAAAUUAGGGGCUGGAACUGUGUACAAGAUUCCAUCUAUUUACUUUCAGCAAGUGUUGGAACAAUAUUUUUCAAUAAGCGAAAGUAGAAGUUGAUCAUCUUUUCUCUUGUUUAAAGAAACCGUCAUUCUCUCUCAAGAUAAAUGAUGCCUAGAUGGAAAGGAAAAGGCUCACAAGCCAAAGCUAAUGCUGAUCCCAUGUCUAAAAUUGUCUCACAACUCCAAUCCUCUUUGAUCCAAUCUGAGACUCGGGGUUUACUCUCGAGCUGCAGUGUACUUGUUGAAGUGGAUGCUGAAUUAGCUGAUCUUCUCAACCGUUCAUGUUUCGGUCGACCGAGAAUUACAGCUCAAGAGGACAAACAAUGGUUUCAAUUGGAUAUGGAGGAAGCUUUCUAUUUGUGUUUUUCACUCAAAUGCCUCAAAGUCAUCGGUGAAGACGGAUACAUAAAGAGUAAUGAAGAGCUAUGGGACUACUUAAAAUCCAAAAAGCCAGUGUUUCCUGUUUCUUACAAGGUGUAUUCUCAUCUUCGGCAUAAAAAUUGGGUUGUAAGAUCAGGAUUGCAGUAUGGUGUGGACUUUGUUGCCUACCGUCACCAUCCUGCUCUUGUUCAUUCCGAGUACGCGGUGUUGGUACUAUCAGAAGGAGAUAAUGAUCUAAAUGGUCGAUUGAGAGUGUGGUCAGAUGUUCAUUGUACGGUUCGUCUUUGUGGAAGUGUUGCAAAAACGUUAUUGACUGUUAUCGUGAAUAGUAAUAACCAAGGUGCAAACUCUCCUUCAUGUUUAGAGCACUACACUGUUGAAGAACAGACAAUCACGAGAUGGAACCCGGAACGAAGCCGAGAAGAUCAAACCGGUCCUAAGAAUGGAACAAAGAAGGUAUAAUUUAGAAUCUUGUUUUGCAUUACCCUAUACAUGUGCAUCUUUAUUUCUUUAUCUUAUGCUGUUUCAUUUUUCAUUUAUUUUUCUAAAAUGUGUGUUCUAUAUUUGUAUCUAAUUCGUAUUUAGUAUGGAUGGCACUGAGUUGGAUUUGGUUUGGUCAGAUUUUUUGAAAAUUUUCUUAGCCGUUCGUGAUAAUUGGGUUUCAUUAAAUUUUUUUUGUUUUUAUACUAAUUUUAGAUUUUAUUUUGACAUAUUAAGUUUUAUUUUAUAACUCUUGAACAUUGUUUGGUAAAGUUUUAAAGUCGUUUUUAUAAAUAUUUCUAAAAAAAUAAUUUUUUAAGUAAGGGUGUAACUAGAUUGUAAAGGAUUGGUGCAAUCAUAUUUGACAUCACCAUGCACGAGUCAGUCCACCAAACACAAUGACCUUGCUGGAACACUGAAAUACAAAGGUUGAGGAGACUCUUUAUUGGAGAAAAUGAGCCAAGCUCCAAGGGGUAACCGUGGAAAGACCACAAGGUAGCCGAGAAUCUCUCCUCCACUAUUCCGACAACUAGAAGGCUAAGGGGAAUGGGAGAAAUCUCGAGGUUAUUUUGCUGAAAGACAAAGAAAAAAGAA